AUAUCUGAUGCCACCAAUUUUUGUCUUGGAAGGCGGUGGGGCGCCUACGUGACUUGCCUUUACGUUUUUAUUAAAAUGCUUUAUUUGGCCAAUGUUGUGCUCCAAAUUUUCCUUUUAAACCUUUUUUUGGGUACGGACAAUCUUUUUUAUGGCUUUCACAUUCUUAAAGAUUUAUUGCAUGGCAGGGAAUGGGAAACUAGUGGAAACUUUCCUAGAGUAACAAUGUGUGACUUUGAAGUUAGGGUUCUAGGUAAUGUCCAUCAUCAUACGGUGCAAUGUGUGCUAAUGAUUAAUAUGUUUAACGAAAAAAUAUUUCUCUUCCUUUGGUUCUGGUUUUUUAUGGUCUCUAUUAUCACUUUCUUUUCUAUGUGCCAUUGGAUACUCAUGUCUUUUAUGCCUGGCCAGCAUAUGAAAUUCGUCAGAAGAUACCUCAGAGCAACAGAUUUAGCAACAGACCGGCAAUCUGUCAAAAAGUUUGUACACAAAUUUCUUGGUGCAGAUGGUGUUUUCUGUAUGAGAAUGAUUAGUGCCCAUGCUGGUGAUAUUAUGGCAACAGAGCUUAUUGUUGAAUUAUGGCAUUCAUUUAAUGACAGAGUUAGAAAAUCACCAAUAGAAAUGUUUGAGGGAGGAGUCUCUCAAUCCCCCUCAAAAAUGGAAGCUUCUUUCAAAAGUUGGCUGCUAGGACAAAAUCACAGCGGGAAUAGGUAUGGAGGAACUAGUGGGGGAAGUCUUGUUGGAACUGCUGCCCAUCACGCCGCUGCUUUUCAUGCUAGCCAUCACCACCACCGGGAUCUUUGA